AUGGUGAAGCAAAUAAGUGGUAAGAUCCAGCAGUAUAAGAAGAGGCAGAGCAAGCUCAAUGAGCUGCUGUAUAACCAGCCAUCAAGACUCCUGAUUUCUCCAAUGCAAGUCCUUGUGAUAUCCCUUAUCUUCAUUGGAAAUGUGUUUCUUCUGCAUAUACUCGCAAAGCUUGUGCCUAGCUCGUCACUGCCUCAGGCUGCAAUAGCCCUAAUGGUGGUCUUGCUAUCUAUCGCAUUUUCCUUCCUAUCUAGUAAAUGA